GUCCCCCGAGACUCGGGCCGCGCCGCGAAGAAGCGGGAAGGAGGCGGCUGCCCGAUUUGUUUGUAAAUGCAUCAUAAACAGACAGCCCAGAAUGAAGAAAGCAAGCAGGAGUGUUGGCUCAGUGCCCAAAGUGCCUGGAGUAAAUAAAACUCAAACAACUGAAAAAACCAAACCAGAAAACGGCUCCUCAGUGUCUGCAGUAACAAAACUGACCAAAACUGGAACAUCAGCAUCUCUUUUGAAGACUAAGAGUAAUGAUGACCUCUUAGCAGGGAUGGCUGGUGGCGGUGGAGUGACAAUGACCAAUGGUGUCAAGGCAAAGAAGAGCACUUGUGUAUCAACAGCAUCUUCAGCUUCAGGGACGACCAUGAACAGUCUGGAAAAUAAACCCAAAGCUAUUGCAGGUACAAGUUCCACAACUAAGCGUAGCACUUCAUCUGGAAAUAAAGAGUCAAGCUCUUCUAGAGAAAGAAUACGCGAUCGUUCUCGUUUAAGCCAGAGCAAAAAGCUGCCUUUGACUGGACAGGGGACCAAUGAUACAGUACUGGCAAAACGCUCCCGUAGUCGCACCAAUCCAGAAUCGGAUAUUCGAAUGAGCAAGUCCAAAUCAGACAAUCAAAUCAGUGACAAGGCUGCAUUGGAAGCGAAGGUGAACGAUCUUUUGACAUUAGCAAAAACUAAAGACGUGGAAAUCUUGCAUCUGAGGAAUGAACUAAGAGAUAUGCGUGCUCAGCUGGGACUUAACGAAGAUCAACUUGAAGGUGACGAAAAAUCUGAAGAAAAAGAGGCCAUUGUUGUCCAUCAGCCAACUGAUGUAGAGUCUACGUUGCUACAGUUACAGGAACAAAACACUGCCAUCCGAGAAGAGCUCAACCAGCUGAAGAAUGAGAAUCGAAUGUUAAAAGACAGACUAAAUGCAUUAGGCUUUUCUUUGGAACAAAGGCUGGACAACUCUGAAAAACUGUUUGGUUAUCAGUCUUUGAGUCCAGAGAUUACAGCUGGCAACCACAGUGAUGGUGGUGGUACUCUGACAUCUUCAGUGGAAGGUUCUGCUCCUGGAUCAAUGGAAGACUUGUUAAGUCAGGAUGAAAACACUUUAAUGGACAACCAACAUAGUAAUUCCAUGGAUAAUUUAGACAGUGAGUGCAGUGAAGUUUAUCAGCCACUGACAUCAAGCGAUGAUGCCUUAGAUGCUCCAUCAUCUUCGGAGUCUGAAGGCGUACCCAGUAUAGAAAGAUCUCGGAAGGGAAGCAGUGGCAAUGCAAGCGAAGUGUCUGUAGCUUGUCUGACAGAACGGAUACAUCAGAUGGAAGAGAAUCAACACAGUACAGCUGAAGAGCUCCAAGCCACACUUCAAGAGCUUGCAGAUCUGCAACAAAUAACACAAGAGCUAAACAGUGAGAAUGAAAGACUCGGAGAGGAAAAAGUAAUCCUUAUGGAAUCUUUGUGCCAGCAAAGUGACAAGUUAGAACACUUCAGCCGUCAGAUCGAGUAUUUUCGAUCCCUUUUAGAUGAACACCAUAUUUCAUAUGUAAUUGAUGAAGAUAUGAAAAGCGGUCGCUACAUGGAGUUAGAGCAACGUUAUAUGGACCUUGCAGAGAACGCUCGGUUUGAGCGAGAGCAGCUGUUAGGUGUUCAGCAGCACUUGAGCAACACUUUGAAGAUGGCAGAACAAGACAACAAGGAGGCCCAAGAAAUGAUAGGGGCAUUAAAAGAACGAAAUCACCACAUGGAACGGAUUAUUGAGUCAGAGCAGAAAAGCAAAACAGCGAUAGCAUCUACCUUAGAGGAGUACAAAGCCACAGUAGCCAGUGACCAGAUUGAGAUGAACAGGCUGAAAGCUCAGUUAGAGCAUGAAAAGCAGAAAGUGGCUGAGUUGUAUUCUAUACACAACUCUGGAGAUAAAUCGGAUAUACAAGAUUUGCUGGAGAGUGUCAGGCUGGAUAAAGAAAAAGCAGAGACAUUGGCCAGUAGUCUGCAAGAAGAGCUGGCACACACUCGCAAUGAUGCCAAUCGAUUGCAAGAUGCCAUUGCUAAGGUUGAAGAUGAAUAUAGAGUGUUCCAAGAAGAAGCCAAGAAACAAAUUGAGGAUCUCAAUGUGACUCUAGAAAAACUUCGAACAGAACUAGAAGAAAAAGAGACUGAGAGGAGUGACAUGAAAGAAACUAUCUUUGAGUUGGAGGAUGAAGUAGAGCAGCAUCGUGCUGUGAAGCUUCAUGACAAUCUCAUCAUAUCUGAUUUGGAGAAUACAGUUAAAAAACUUCAGGACCAAAAGCAUGACAUGGAAAGAGAGAUAAAGAAUCUUCACAGGAGACUCCGGGAGGAGUCAGCAGAAUGGCGUCAGUUCCAGGCUGAUCUACAGACUGCAGUGGUUAUAGCAAAUGAUAUAAAGUCUGAGGCCCAGGAAGAGAUAGGAGACCUGAAGCGUAGAUUACAUGAAGCUCAGGAGAAAAAUGAGAAGCUCACUAAAGAAUUGGAGGAAAUAAAGUCACGCAAGCAGGAAGAGGAACGUGGUCGAGUGUACAAUUACAUGAAUGCUGUAGAGAGAGAUUUGGCAGCUCUGAGACAAGGAAUGGGCCUGAGUCGCAGAUCAUCCACCUCCUCAGAGCCAACUCCUACUGUAAAAACACUCAUCAAGUCAUUUGACAGUGCCUCCCAAGUCCCAAGCCCUGCUGCUGCCACAAUUCCUCGCACUCCCCUGAGCCCAAGUCCCAUGAAAACUCCCCCGGCCGCUGCUGUAUCCCCUAUGCAGAGGCAUUCUAUAAGUGGACCAAUCUCAGCCUCAAAACCCCUUGCUACACUGACAGACAAAAGACCAAGCUAUGCUGAAAUCCCUGUUCAAGAACAUUUGUUGAGAACAUCUUCUACCAGCAGGCCAGCAUCUUUGCCAAGAGUACCCACUAUGGAAAGUGCCAAAUCUAUUUCUGUCUCUCGAAGAAGUAGUGAAGAAAUCAAGCGGGAUAUCAGUGCACCUGAUGGAGCAUCUCCAGCAUCUCUCAUGGCAAUGGGUACCACCUCACCACAGCUGUCACUCUCAUCUUCUCCUACAGCAUCAGUCACCCCUACAACCCGAAGUCGAAUAAGGGAAGAGAGGAAAGAUCCCUUGUCUGCCCUAGCAAGAGAAUAUGGAGGAUCCAAGAGAAACGCCUUGCUGAAGUGGUGCCAGAAAAAAACAGAAGGAUAUCAGAAUAUCGACAUAACAAACUUCAGCAGUAGCUGGAAUGAUGGCUUGGCUUUCUGUGCAGUCCUCCAUACUUACCUCCCAGCCCAUAUUCCCUAUCAAGAACUAAACAGCCAGGACAAGAGAAGAAAUUUCACUUUGGCUUUUCAGGCAGCUGAAAGUGUUGGCAUCAAAUCUACUCUGGACAUCAAUGAAAUGGUGCGAACUGAGCGUCCAGACUGGCAGAAUGUCAUGCUGUAUGUUACAGCAAUUUACAAAUACUUUGAAACCUGAAACCCCAAUAAUUCAACAGAUCCAUGGGAUAGAACCAACAUGACCUACCAGAUGGAAAUCUUACUGAAAUGCUAAUCCUUAUUUCACUGAAAACUGGCAACAUUUGAGUCCCCUCAAACUUCAAUGACACUAUCCUGGAUUGCCUCAGAUUGCUUCAGCUACUAAGCCUGGAAACAACUGUUUAAAAGCAAGAACUUGUUGCCACAGUGCUUGGAAUAACCCAAGUUAUUAAGCUAUUCAGAUUAAUUAUGUAGUCUAAAGAGCCUGGACUACUUAUGUGCUGCCUCUCCAGCCAGACUUCCUGAAGCUUUCUUUCCUAGGAGAGUGAGAUGAAUGGAUCCCCUAGCAUAUAGGAGACUGAAUGUACAGAUAAAGUUUUGAGAAGGAAAAGGAUAACAUGGCAUCGUAUUACUGAACUUUCUGUAGCAUCCUGAUACCACAGAGUCUGAAUAUUCUACCCACAGCAUGUGGCACCCCAAUACAGUAGAGUUCUUAAUGGUAAUUAAGUUACUGCCUUUACAGCUAUUUUCCCUCCUUUAAAAUGUGCACAAUAUUCUAGGAAAACAAGCUUUUAGUCCAUAACGACAAAUUGAGUGGAAAAGUGCUCUCAAUACCUCGAAAAAUUUGGCACAGAAGAACUCUUCAUUCUAAAGCUUCAUUAUAAGCCUACCUCUGUCACAGUGAUGUGGCUUCCAACUUUAUCUUAUGGAUUGUAAAGACUAGCACAUGUAGCUCCUGGUUUUCAGGGUAUGCUACACUUCAAGGAAUCUGUCCAAACUCCCUGUGCUUCCAUUGUAACAGAAAUGAAUCGAUAAUCGACCCUUGUAUGGCUUGUUCUUUCCCCUCUCCCUCCUUUGCCUGUAUAGCGCACACAGCUACCCCAGGCUUUACAGCAAUACGAGCAUACGUCAUGGAUUUCUGUGGUAGAAUUUUGGAACUGGGAUAGCAUUUCCUCUGCAGAGAAGAUAUUUUCAAUAAGAUGUAAUAAUGAAGUAGUUUGUCUCAAAAUCCAGCGUUGCCAUGUUUUCUGUGUGUUUUUCAUUGAUCUUGCACAUCCUCAUCUGACUGACAGAAGGUGAGACGUUCUCUGACAGGAACUAUGGAGGAACUGAUGUAAUGUGUAUACACCCAGUAGUCUCAAAUAUUGCGUGGAAAUGACUCACUGUCACAAGGAAGGAAUUGAGAAACUUUAGUCUGCUCAACUUCUAUUUUCCUAAAAUGUACCUGAAUUCAUGUAACAGCUCUCGGGCAAGAGUUCGAGUAAGUGCCUUAGCGAUCAUUGAAUUGACACAUCCUGGCACUUCAGGGCCUUGUGCAGAAUGUUAAUGGCUCAGAACGAUUUCAUAUAUCCAUUUGUCAUAAGCUGUUUGUUGUAAUCUUGUUUGUCAAAUCAAGGGAAGACUUCACUCUGUCAUUGCUUCUGCCUCUUAUUUUUCUGAACACUUAUCAGCAGUUAAGCCACAGUUGAACAUUUCCCAUUAAUAUUAAGCAGAAGCCUACUUUAGAAGUGAGUUCUGUAACAGCUGCUAUUUAUAAGCACAUGCUCUUUCACCACAGUAACCCUGUUAUAAAGAAAAUGAAUCUGCCAUUCCUAUGGUGCUCUUAUGACUGUUAAGGACAGUUUGAAUGUCAUAGAUGUUAACCCAGUGAAUGCAACUGUGCUUGGCAUCUGUGAAACUUCAUCAUGGUAUAAAAGCACAGAUUUAACUCAAAAUUAUUGCCAAAACCAAAAACCUAUCAUCUGAAGAACAUAGCCCAUGUGAAGAGUAAUAAUUCAGCAUGUCUUCUAGCAGCUAGCAUUGUAUAAAAAUAUAUGCUUACACUGAUAUGUGCCUGUGCCUGUAAGAAUUACGAAAAUUUGCAAAAUAACUAAUUCAUCCAUGCUGAGGGCCUUUGGAGAAGUUUUCAGAGCAGCAGUGUCUCAUACAUUCUUACAGUUCUUUAGAACCCUAAAAGUAGCUAGAUACCCUCAGAUUAUUAAUUGGUGCAUUUGAAGAGCCAACGUAAUCUAAAGACAAUUGUUGCAAGAGAGGCUUCAAGUGAAAAAUCUUCAUUAACAGAUUUUAAUAAAAGGCUGAAAUACAAUUUCCU